AUGAAGAGAAUUGGACCUUCGAAGGGAAAGAGAAAUUUAAUAAAAAGACUUUUCCGGUUGCACUCGCAAAUCAAAACUGCUACACAACCAUCUGGUUCUGAUUCAGAAGUCACAAUUGAGAAGUUAACGGAAAUCUGUCCAAUAAUUGAUUGGAAUCUUUUAUUUGAGAGUGUAUUCAAUGAAAUCAAGUAUGAUUCAUACAAGAAUAUGAAAAUUGUUGUCUAUAAUCAAGAUUCGUUGAAGAGAGUUUGUGACAAACACACAGAGUUUAUGAGAUCAGAUCAAGGAAGAAAAAAUUUACACUCGAUGACAGUGAUCAGUUUCUUGUUCAACAUGAGAAAUAUAUUGAAUCGGCAUUUCGAAGAGUUUUAUCCUGCUAAUGUUCCGAAAAAGCCAACAAGUUGCAUUGAUGAAGUAAAAGAAAAUUUCCGAUGGACAAUAGAAAAGCAUCACAAAUAUUCUAGUAUAAGUGAAAGUACACAAAAUCAAGUUCUCGAAAUGUUCAAACAAUUGAAAACGACCUUCAUUAAUUCAUUGUCAUCAAAGUCAUGGUCCAGUGAAGAUGAAAAGCAGAAAUUCAUCAACUUGGCUAAUGAGUAUCAGUUGUCCAUAAUUACUUCGAAAAGUUUGUCCGCAGCCGAAAGAGACAGCCGAGAUUUCAUAUUCAAUAAUGAAAUUUCCGAGGAUGAUUACUUAAUGAAUGUGUACUAUUCCCAGAAAACCAAGUUCCUUAAAUCAAUUUACAAACCACUGGAUACUGACGUAGAACCUGACGCGUUCAGUUUUAUGCCAUACAUAUCUAGUUCGGUUGAAGAUAAACUUAUUAAGGUAUCUGCCGGUCUAUUAAAUCUACUAUAUCACAAAAAAGGAUAUUCAAUGUCUGAACAAUAUGGGACUAUCGGUUGGUUUAUUGGUCGCCAGCUGAUGUAUGAAGUAAAUAAUAACAAGAAAGCAGAUGCACCUGAGAGUUCUCAGUUCGCCUGUAAUUCACCAGACGCAACAGUUUUUGAGGCUCAACUAUGCUGCUUGCAGAAACAAGACGAGUUCAAAGAAUACAACGAAAAGACAUACACGGGUCAUGGAGAUUUGCAAGGAAAGAACUCGUUUUACACAUCGUUUGCAAAAAUGAUGUGUAAUAGCGACUUCACAGAUGUCAUUCAUACUAAAUUACAGUCUCCCGACGCCGUCCAUAAAUUCAGUGUGAAUGAUCUUCUGAAACACAGUCAGGAAUUUGCCACUACACACCGAUGUGCAUCUGGUUCAAAAAUGAAUCCUGUGAACAAAUGUGUUCUUUAG